CCGCCCCCGAUAAGGCCAAAAAUUUCCAAAAAGAGUUUGUAAAAAAGUGUAGCACAGGAUAGCUUGUAAAAUCAUACUUUUAUUUCCAUCAGUUAAAAAUAGACCAGAGCAUAUUCACCCCUUGGCUUAACGCGUUUCGUGGUUGAAACACCACUUCCUCAGAAGCCCAAAAUGUGACCCGCCCUUUUGGUUGUUUAAAUAGGCAUAACACACCGCCAUUAUCACUUAACAAUCCACCAUUAACCCCUAAGGUGCAAAAGAGUGUGUACAAAAAGGAAACUCUUGUACAAAAUUUGUCAAAAAACAAAUUUAGAUCUAAAGAGACAACACAGUUAAUAUGUUUAAAAAAAAACAGAGAGAUGGAAUUGUCUCUGUUACAUGAAAAUCUAAGAACUUCAUCUAAAAAACAAAGAGAUAAUCUCACUAUUAAAGAAAAAAGAGCAUUAGAAAAAUUAAAAAACGAUCAUGAUAUUGUCAUUCGAAGAGCAGAUAAAGGUGGUCAAAUAGUUGUACUAAAUAGAACUGAUUAUGUCACAGAAGCCUAUAGACAACUCUCAGAUACAGAAACAUUUAUACCUUUAGAAAAAAACCCAGUCAUUUCUUACACAUCAGAACUUGAUACCCUGCUACAAGAAGCCUUGAGUUUCAAUAUUAUAGAUGAAGCACUUAUCUCCUUCAUUAAAAAUGAUACUCCUAAAUCAGCUAUUUUUCAUUACUUACCAAAAACCCACAAAAAAGAGAGACCACCAGUAGGAAGGCCAAUCAUAGGUAUUGGCUCUCUUGGUGAAAAUUUCUGUGAAUACAUCGAUUACUUUUUGCAACCUUUAGUCUUAAGUAUCUUAACUUUUAGUCCUCAACAAAAAAAUGAUUGAAAACAUCAUUAAUAACAAUUUGACUAUUUUGAAAACUGAUCCCAUCCUGAGACAAAUUUGGAAUAAUGGGUAUCAAUUUGUUACCAGGAAGACUGAAACAUUAAGUAACCAACCUUCACCCAGCUUAACUCAAACUAAUACAGCUACCAACACAUGGCUCUCCAUUAAAAAGGCUGUUUUAAAUGUGGAUCAAAGCAAUGCAUUACUUGCAACUUCAUUGAUAAAACCACUUCUUUCAUUUCAUCUACAACAUCAAAGAAAUACCAUAUAAAACACUUUAUUACUACCCUGGAAAGAAUAUAUUAACAAAAAGGUACAAAUAGAGAAUAGGUAAAAUAAAAGGGAUAAUGGAACCAUAAAUAAAACAAAUACCAAGACACAACCGAGAUAGCACAAAAGAAUAAAGAUUUAAACAAAGGAUUAUUAAACAACUACUGAAUUUAUAAGUUCUUGUUGAUAUGUAAAAAACUGUGAUGUUUAACUGAAACGAUAUAAACAACAAAUGUAUAGGUAUAAACAGAAAGUACAUGAAAACGAUGGAAAAAUCAAUGUACAGAAUGUAUCUUUCUAUGAUGUUAUUACCUAAAUAAAGCUUUGAAUAGAAAAAAAA